UGUCUGAAUAAACCAGUUUUUGUUCUACCGUAGACAGUUUCAGUUCCGGCUUGUUGCUAACAACAUUUAAUGUAAACUGUGACCGUUACUAUAGAAGGAGCCAUUGGAUUUCUCUAGUCUUACCUUCUCUCGAAAAAACAAUUACAACACAAAAUGCCACCUAAAAAGAAAGGCGGUAAAAAGGGUAAGAAAUCUGGGAAAGGAGGUAAAACUCCCAUCAUCAUAGACAAUGUUUCCACAGACGAGAUGACAAAAGAACAGCUUGAAGAGCAUGUGGUACGGAUGAGAGAGCAGCUUGAUCGGGAAAGAAGAGAAAGAAACUUCCACCAGCUGGAGCGUGACCGUGUUCACACUUUCUGGGACAUAACUCAGCAAAAGUUAUCAGAACUUCAAGCUCAACUACGUAACAAAGACAGAGAAAUGGAAGAAGCCGAAGAAAGACAUCAAAUUGAAAUUAAGGUGUACAAACAGAAAGUAAAACAUUUGAUGUAUGAACACCAGAACAAUAUUGCACAGUUAAAAGCUGAGAGUACUGUUUCACUAAAACUGGCUCAGGAGACCAAUUACAGUAAUGAACAACAGUUACGUAAGGAUAAACGAAAUCUUAAGGUAGAACUGAAAGAAAUGGAACUCUCCCAUGAAGACAUGGUUAAAACUUUGCAGAAGAAAAAUAGUGAAGAAAUCACAAACUUACAGGCAGAAUUUGAGCGACGAGCAAAAGAAAUUGAAAGAAAAUAUGAUAAAAAAAUGCAAGCUCUUCGUGAUGAAUUGGAAUUGAAACGCAAAGUUGAGAUUCAUGAAAUUGAAGAACGUAAAAACAGUCAAAUUAUUACUCUAAUGAAAAACCAUGAAAAAGCAUUUAGUGACAUUAAGAACUACUACAAUGAUAUUACAUUAAAUAACCUUGCCUUGAUUAAUACACUCAAGGAACAAGUAGAAGACAUGAAAAAGAAAGAAGAACGCCUUGAAAAGCAGAUGGCUGAUUUAAUUGCAGAAAACAAACGGUUAACUGAGCCUUUACAGCGUGCUCGAGAAGAAGUUGAGGAACUGCGGAAAGCUCUUGCUAACUAUGAGAAAGACAAACAAUGCCUUAAGAUGACCAAAGCUAGAUUAAAAAUGACUUUGGAAGAAUUAAAAGGAUUACAGUGGGAACAUGAGGUCCUUGAGCAGCGAUUUGAAAAAAUCCAGGAGGAGAGAGACGAAUUAUACAACCAGUUUGUUAAAUCGAUUCAUGAGGUGCAACAGAAGAGUAGCUUUAAGAAUCUUCUCUUGGAGAAAAAGAUGGCUACUCUUGGGGAAUUGCUUGAACAAAAAGAAGGCCAACUCAAUGAAGUUCUAUCUUGUUCUAACCUUGAUCCCUCAGCCCUCAACAUGAUCACACAUAAACUUGAGGAAGUUUUGGUGUCCAAAAAUACUGCAAUUAAAGAUCUUCAGUUUGAAUUGGCACGAGUUUGUAAGGCACACAAUGAUCUUCUGCAUACAUAUGAAGCUAAACUUCAAACUUUUGGAAUCCCUAAAGAAGAACUUGGUUUUAAACCACUCGAAUCGUCAGUGCCAGAGCAAGUCCUUGGUAAUGGACCAGCUGGUCUGGUCUCAGCAAAAGUAUAACAUCUUUUACAACUUCCCUUCAUUGCUUUAAAACGGAAUAACAUCUGAAAUUUUGAAAACAGGAAUGAAAUGUAUAAAAUAAAAUAUUAAUUUUUAUUGUA